CAUAACAUAAAACAAACAAAGAGAGUAACAAACUAGAAAACUGCAACUGAAGUGCGGUGCAGUUUCGCGUCGCAUUCCUUUGUUACAACAACAAGUGCCCGCAACGUGCAAUUUAAAACAUUUUUGACCUAAGGGACUAUUUGUGAAAAGUGUUUGAUAUUUACUGCUUGCCUGGACAUAAAACCAGCCGUGUGACUCAUCAAAAAAUUCACAGCCAAUAUUCACAAUGGCCGCCAACAACAAUAGCAACAACGAAAUCGAGUCCACCGACCAGGUAGGCAUACGAGUCGAGGUCGCCACCAACACCGACGAUAUUACCGAUGCCUUUGGCUCUGUGGGCAACAGCAGCAGCAGCAGCGGCGGCGCAUCGACCUCCGCAAUUCACAAACAAAACAGUUAUGGCAGCGGCGCCAUUGGGCAGCUGGCCUCAAACGGGUACAGUUCGUCCAGCUAUCACAAAUAUGUGGCCAAAAUGGUUACCGAUCGACAUGCUGCCGAGUACAACAUGCGGCACAAGAAUCGCGGCAUGGCAAUCAUAUUUAAUCAUGAACAUUUCGAGGUGCCCACACUAAAAUCCCGUGCUGGUACGAAUGUGGACUGUGAGAAUCUGUCACGUGUGCUCAAACAGCUGGACUUUGAUGUCUCUGUGUACAAGGACUGUCGAUACCCGGAGAUUUUGAGCACAAUUAAGUAUGUGUCAUCGCAGAAUCACGAGCACAACGAUUGCAUACUCGUGGCCAUACUCUCACACGGCGAAAUGGGCUACAUUUAUGCAAAGGAUACUCAGUACAAGCUGGACAAUAUCUGGAGCCACUUCACGGCCAAUCACUGUCCCACGCUGGCUGGCAAACCCAAGCUGUUCUUUAUACAGGCCUGCCAGGGCGACCGCUUGGACACGGGUGUCACAAUGCAACGCGGUCGCACCGAAACCGACGGCGACUCCUCAAUGAGCUACAAGAUACCCAUCCACGCCGACUUUCUGAUUGCCUACUCCACCAUACCAGGCUUUUACUCAUGGCGUAACACCACGCGCGGCAGCUGGUUCAUGCAAAGUCUGUGCGCUGAGCUGGCCGCCAACGGCAAACGUCUGGACAUUCUCACCCUGCUUACGUUCGUCUGUCAGCGUGUCGCUGUUGAUUUCGAGUCCUGCACACCGGACACACCAGAUAUGCAUCAGCAGAAGCAAAUACCCUGUAUUACCACAAUGCUGACACGCAUAUUGCUAUUCAGCGAUAAGGAAAAAGCUCCGGCUGGACGUAAUUAAUUAACGAUUCAUUCUAAUUGGUUGCUAGAGCUGAUUAACUCCUCUGAUGGUGUUCGUGCAGCUGCGGGCAGUGUGAUAUAAAAUGUUAUAUAUGAGACGCUCAAGCUGUUGAAGAAACAAAUGAAUCACAAAUAACUUAAUUAUCCAAACUCUAAAUAUUGAAAUUAUCUAAAGAUAGUACUAUUAGAGUAAUUUCCUAUGAAAUUGCCAGCUCCUGCCAUGUCUUUAUCUUUGUCUAUUAAGUGUCCAUUGUCCAUAUUUUACAAUUUUAUA